UUGCAUCCAUCUGAACAGGAAAUUUUAUACUAUUGUUAAUUUGAAACAUUUCGAGAAUCGACUUUCAUACAUUCCAUUUAUAAUGUUAUGUUUCUUCUGGAUUAGCUUUCCAUUUUUUUUUGCUCCAACGCAGUAGCGUAAAAAUGUUUCACUGUUUUAAGAAAUUUAGUCUUCGGUGUUUCACCUGAAUCAACUAGAUCAACUUUUUAAAUUAAUUUGCAUCUCACUAGCCAAAAAUACUUCUUUCCUUUUAUGUUGAAGAAUUUCAAUGAAAUCAUCAAAAUUUUCAACAUUUUCAGUGGCAGAUAAUCAUCUCUGGAUCAUUGUUGGCAAAAAUCAAUUAUAGUUUGAGACAUUGGGUUUCAUAUGAAACAAUGGCAAAUAUUGUUUUUUUAAUUAUAAUUAAAAUACGGUACAAAUUGAUAAAAAGACGAACAAUGUAAAAUGGUUGAAAAAGUUAACAACGAGACCAUUGCAGCUUUUGCUCUGGUAUAUGCGAGGAGGAUUUCCGUCACGCGCUGAUCCCCAUUCACGUUCAAAAACAGAAGCUGAAAACUAUACUGCAGAAGUUGAGCAGUUUCACUUCCCAGUUGACCAGUUAUCCCACGUGCGACAAAUGUCGCAGAGAAUUCAUAAACGACCACAGUAUACCCGAGAGCUGCUUCCAAAUUUUGUCCAGUAUCGAAUUGGCUGACAUCAAGAUGGAACCAGAGUUAAUGAUUGAUGAUCACGAUCUAUCGGACAAUGAUAACAUUUUUGAGACAGACCCAACAGCGAACUUUGGGUCAAUUGAGCAGGAAGCAGAAAUGCGAAUCAAGGGAGAAGUCGAAGAGGUACUUUUCAUCAAGGAAAUUGACGAAGAAUGCGACAAGAUCCCACUCAGUAGUUUGAGAGACCACACGCGAUUACAAAGGAGUGAGAAUGUGGCGUUAUUUUCUUGCCCACAUUGUCCGAAGAUGUUUGGGCAACAUGAAACGCUCAAACUGCACAUUUUAACUCAUACAGGUAGUCAUCCCUACUGUUGUGCACAUUGUCCGAAAAUGUUUAAGAAGUCUUCAUCGCUCAAAGAACACAUUCGAGUUCAUACGGGUGAACUUCCCUAUUCUUGUCCACAUUGUCCGAAAGCAUUUAGGAUAUCUUCAACACUUCAAAGACACAUUCGAAUUCAUACGGGUGAACGUCCCUAUCCUUGUCCACAUUGUCCAAAAGCGUUCAGGAUUUCUUCAACGCUCCAACAACACAUUGGAACUCAUACGGAUAAGCGUUCCUACUCUUGUCCACAUUGUCCGAAAGCGUUUAAGAAGUCUUCAGCGCUCGAAGCACACAUUCGAAUUCAUACGGGUGAUCUUCCCUAUUCUUGUCCACAUUGUCCUGAAUCGUUUAGAAUUUCUCCAGCACUCCAGAACCACAUUCGAACUCAUACGGGUGAACUUCCCUUUUCUUGUUCACAUUGCCAGAAAACGUUUAUGCGUAGUGCAGCUCUCAAAGAACACAUACGAUCUCAUACGGGUGAACGCCCCUAUUCUUGUCCACAUUGCCCGAAUACGUUUAAAGGUAAACCAGCGCUCAAUCAUCAUAUUCAAACUCAUACUGAUGAACGCCCCUAUUCUUGUCCACAUUGCCCUAACGCGUUCAAAAGGAAUUCAGGGCUAAAAAGGCACAUCAUUCAAAUUCACAUUGGUGAACGUCCCUAUUCUUGUACUCAAUGCGCAAAAACGUUCAAGGAUUCAUAUUCGUGUCAACUUCACAUUCGAACUCACACGGAUGAACGCCCCUAUACUUGUCCACAUUGUUCGAAAGCGUAUAAGAAUCGUAAAGUUCUUCAAAGGCACCUUCGUACUAGGCAUACGUCUGCGAGUACCAUGCGCAGCCAGUUCGAUGAAGAUACAGGAGGCUCGGAGCAAAAAUCACUGGUAACCAUCGAGGAACGUAUCACUGAAUGCUAAAGAGGAUCUCUCAAGGCCAUGCUACCGCAUAUCUCUCCAUAUGUGCUCGGAUGAUGCCAACAUCUUAGAGUUCAAAAUUAUAAAAGUGCCUGCAGCUGUUAGUGGGGCUCAAAACCGCCUACAUCUCAGCUGUUUUGUUCUCGAGAUGUUGGUAUCGGAAACAUAGCCGCAUAAGACGGACUGGGAUCUCUUUGUCACUGAAUGCCAUAUCAUCACUGAGGUAGCGCCAAAGUUGAAACGAAGCUUUUCAUGAGUUGACAAACAAAUAAAACAAAAAUUACCUAGGA